GAUAGCCCACGCUAUGUUUGCAGUUAGAAGGUGUAACGGAACUUGUUCUAGUCCUCUUUAGCCUACUACACGUUGCAAGGUCGAUCUAAUGGAUUUUACAAGCACUCUCUAUUCGAUCAUAAGGACGCUAACGAUGUUUAUUUUAACACAACGCAGUUUUAUGUAAAAUAAGAGUGACGUAUUAAAAUAUCUUUAGUAAUGAUUGCAUUUAUUCUCUUGUAAAAUUAUUCACAUAACAGUGAUUACGAUCACAACUGUUGGCUCUUUGUGAUCAGGACAAUUUAAAACUAACACACAUAGCUGUAUCUUAAUAUUAAAUAGUAAAUGAAUAAUCAUCGAUGUGACCAAUUUUAGUGCAUGAUAAGUAUUAUCCAUUAGGUAGACAGAGCGCACUGUCAUCACUAAGUGAUAUACCGUUCCGAGAUGUCCUGAAUUUACGUGCUUUUUUAAUUAUUAAUAUAGAGAGCUAUUAUAGUUGCCUAUGUGUCAUGGAAAUAAUUUUCUUGAAUUUUUCAAAGCAUCUUUUAAAAUUUUAUAUCUCUUUUUAUAAGUAGAAAAGAAGGUAGUAAUAUGAACCUUUUUCCAUGUACUUUUUGUACAAUAAUUUUACUAAUAAUUAAUAUUUUAAAUCGAAAACUUGAUGCGUGGAUUACAUUCGUUAAUGUAUUUAAUGAAUUUUAGAACAAAGAAAAAAUAUGUAUUGCUUAGGCUGUUAUCUAUAAAAACGUGAUAACACUGCAUAAUAGUUUGAAAAAGAACAGGGAAAAAAUAGAUUUUAAAAAUGUAUUUUAAAAUAUAUUAUUUUGUUAUAAAAUUAUAUGUUUAAUCAAAGUAAAGAGAAAAUAUUGCAGAAUGUAUGUACUUAUAUAAAUUCUCUCUCAUAUAGAUUAUACUAUUAAAAAUCUAUAAUGCAUGUAAUAUAAACUAUAUUUACAGAUAUUAGCAGUAAACAGAAAAAAACUACAAUAAACAUAUUUAAUAACUUCUUUAGUAUAAAAGAGAGUAUUAUUAAGCCUGUUGAGAUAUCAGUACGUUUCAGAGGUUAUUUUAGCAAAAUUCCGUUCUUUCGUUUAACUUGGUAUACUUUUAAAUGUAUAUUUACAGCAAAAAAAAAUUAAAUAAAAAGGAAACACUCAAAUGUACAUAUAUUCACUUAAUAAUUAAAAAAUGAGAAAGUGUGUAAUUAAGUGUUGAAAUAUAUAUCUUGACAAAAUUUUAAAGUGCUCAUAAGUAAAUGUCUUGUAACAAAUGUCAGCUGUUGUAUAUACCAUAUUGAUAUAUCAGCAUCAAUAAAUGAGCUGCUAAAUAGAUAAUUCCAUAAGUAAUUAUUAGAAUUCGUCACAUAAUAACGGAGAUUACGAGUGGUCAUAAUCCAUACAAGGCUGUAAUACUACCUUCUCUUCUAUACGUACAGAAUAUGUACAAAAAAAAACUUUAUGUACAAUAAAAAAAUUCUUUGAAGAAGACAUAUUACAUCAAUAAAACACGUUCACGCUAAAUGAUAGAAAAACAAGAGGACUACUGGCUAUAAAUGAAGUAAUUAGUUAACAUUAAAUGUUGUCGUAAAAUUAGCCAAAUCUUCCGCAAUCCUUUUUUUAUUCUUAACAUUUCUCAUCAGUAUCUACGCACAAUGAAUAUUGCAACAUCGUCGAAUUACCGAUCAUCACGGGAAGAUGUUCGGUAGAAGAUAUUGCGUGCGUGGCCCGCGGGCGAUCGCGCUUUCCAUUCACACGGUCAUUCACGGGGCCACAGCCGUGCGCGGAUUAUAGCGAAACGGCGGAGGAUGAUGCGAGAGAAGAGGGAACAACAUUCUGCAGCAUCGGCGGUGAAAUUUCGGCAGGUGCACACCGACGAGAACGUGCGUGCACGCACACCUACGCACCGGGGAACGGCGCGUCCACGUGAAAGGCAGUGAACGGUAAAGAAUCAGGUAUUUAAAUAAGGAACCGGAUGGUCGAUCCAGCGGGUGGCUCGGUAGAGGACGCCACGACUACCACUUAGCCCAGGCAGGUACCUGUCUGGCGACUACAAGCCGACUUGGAGAGAACUCGUUCUCGUCCUUCCACGGUUCUCGCCUUUCUCCCCUCUCCCUUCCCUCCGGCUCUCCCUUUUCCCCGUGGACGGCCCGACGGUUUCCCACUCCAGCUUUUGCUGUAUGCCUGUGGUCCCAGGGCCCCGACUCCAGUCCCCACCCGGACCGCGAAACUGCAUGAGUGAGUGUCAGCGGCACUCAGUACAGUUACUGACGUUCCGUGCUGUGAACGAUCGCCGGUUGAUCGUCGUCGUCGUCGUCGUCGUCGUCGUCGUCGUCAUUGGCUUUAACCGAGUCUGAGUCGAGUGUGCAAUCGCGAUUUGCUAUGCGCCGCUCUUGAUACACAUAUGCAGUCCGUGAAGCUUAUCGAGUGAGCGACCGGUGAGUUUGUAUGCACGUAUGGAUGAGACCGUCACGAUGACCGUACCACCGCCACUGCCCGUGAAGACACAUGCCCGGGAUACGAGCCAGGCCGCGCGGCAGCAGACUGUGUCAAUCCGGACCGUUUCCCCCUCCGUCACGCCGCCGCUCGCCACCGGGCCAGGGGCAACGGUAUUCGUUGGAGUUAGCGCUCCUACCGCCGAUUCCGCGACAGCCUGCAGGAGAAGAAUCCCGGAAGUGCAAACGGCGAACGGCGGCUGCGAGGAGCGGAGCAACGUCGUCGAAUCGUCGCGGCAGCAGCAGCAGCAGCAGCAGCGGUGGCAACAACAAUCGCAGCAUCAGCAGGCCGCGCACAUAGUGAAGAUCAAGAUCAAUCCGGAUGGCGACAAGAACGGUAGGGUGAUAUCGACGGUACGGUUGACCCUGGACGAGAACGACCGGAAUCGGGAGAUUGAGAACGGUGCCGCGCGCGAACGUUCGGGCAAACGCGGUGACGGUGCGGUGGUGGUGAGUGCGACGAAUCUGGUGAACGAGCGACACCGCGCGAGUGCCGGUGCCGGUGAGGGUUGUGUGAGGAUCAGUGUCUUUAGCGGCGACUCGGCGGCUGGCUCCGACAAUCGGGAGCGCAACAACAACAACAACAACAACAACAACAACAACAACAACAGCAGCAGCAGCGACGACGGCGAUAAGCAUAGUCAGGACAAGGACGGGGGCGACAACAGAGACAUGGUGCACCGCGGUACCACGGAAACCCUGAACCCGUCGACCCUCGGCGGCCGUUCGAGUACCUGUUUCUACUACAACUCUUAUCAGAGUCCGUUGAGCGGCAUGGUCAUGUCCAGCGGACAGUGCUCGCCCAGCGACACCCUGGACAGUGGCACUUGCAGCGACCUCGACGGGACGCCGCCGCCGCUGCCAAAGAAGAAGAACUCCAGCACGGUGAUACUGUCCAGCGGCACGCACAACCGGACCGGCAGUCUUACCAGCAGCGGCGCCGAGGUCGACAGCGACGACAAUGAGAGCAACAUCAGCUGCGAUUCCCUGAACGGUGCCGAGGUGAACGGCGACGCCGUGAAUGAAUACCGUGUGCACGGCACGUCGAAGGACGUUGAGGAAACGAUGGGCGUCGUCGAGAAAUUGGGCCGGAUCGCGCUGGCGAACGGCGUUGAUCGCGACGUGAUCGUGGAAUCGAACGGCGGCGUCCGUCACCAGGUCUCGAUAACGGAACUCGGCUGCGCGCCACGCUCGCCGACGUCGUCGGCCAACGUUUCCCCGUCGCCGUCCGGAACGUCGUCCCUCUCGAAGGCCUCCUCGACGCCGCGGGUGAGGAGCCCCGAUCCCGCGGUCGAGCAAAACGGCCAGUCGCCGGUAAUUAAAGAGUGCACGUACGAGGAGAGGAAGCAACGGGAACAGGAGAGGAUAGAACAGGAGUGCGUCGAUACCAAUCGGAAGCAAUCGACCGGUCGCAAAUAUCUGUACGAGGACGACAGGUACUACAAUUUCCACGUGAACGAGUUGCGCGAUAAUAAUAAGAAGAACUCGAACGGCGUGCACGGGGUGGCUGAGAACGAGGAGUGUUUCGCCGGUUAUAAAAUCCACGACAAGGAAGCCAUACGAAGUGCCAAAGGGACCGUGCGCGGUGUGAAGAAUAGAGUACGAGCGGGCAUCGCGACAUUUUUGCAGUCGCCUACCUCCAAGGCCUAUGUGGAAAGAGAAAAGGGCAGAGUGGUGCUUUACACGACAUCGUUGGGCAUCGUUAGAGAGACCUUUACCAAUUGUAUGAAGAUGAAGCAAAUGUUGUGGACAAAUAUGGUCAAGUACGACGAAGCGGAUUUAUUCCGCGACACGGAAUUACAGACCGAGCUCAGGGAUCGGACCAAUUCGGAAGUCGUAACAUUGCCACAACUCUUCGUCGAUGGUCAACACAUUGGGGGUGUCGACACCGUCGAACGACUUAACGAGUCGGGAGAACUACGCCGCAUACUGGAGCCUUACCAGUGUAAGGAUGCAUGCGCUGUUUGUAUCUACUGCGGCGGAUUCCAGCGGCUGCUAUGUCCCAUCUGUCACGGCAGCAAGAGAUCUGUCCAUCGCAACGGGUUCACCGUGGAAUUCGUUGCCCUAAAGUGCGCCAAAUGUGACGUUUUCGGUAUGAUACGGUGCCCACAUUGCUGAAGAAAGUUUCCGCGAGAGAAUCCACGUACACCUGCUCAAAUCAUUUCUCUUAAUCUUAACGACCGUCUACUAACUUAUAUCUCUAUUUAAGGUGCUACGAGAAUUAUAUUUUAUGCUAUGCUUCUUUAAGCAAAGGACAUACACGAAACACAUACAAACACUAACUAUUCGCGUAGCCGCGCUGUCGCAUGUUGUAAGAUAUCGGUUAAUAAAAACUUUGUGUAAAGUUUUGUAA